UAUCACUAACCAUAGAAAAUUUCAAAUACAUAUUAUUCAUCAACAAAAGUUAUAUCAAAUCAUUGAAACUAUCUCACAAAAGAAAUCAUACAAAAGUAGAGGACCACGCAGUGGCAAAUCUAGGGGGUGACCUUCCUAAUUCACGGUCCAGCUCUCCUCUAGGUCGAGAGCUUGUAUUAGAAAUGAGAUCUACUGGAUCCGUUGCUGAACUACAUAAACUAAAAUGGUCACCAGCUGGAUAACUAGAACCCACAAAUAAGUUAUAAUACUAGUUCGGUCCAUUUUCUUGGACGGAUAGGUAUGAACUGAACGGUUUUUAACGAUUUGACAUGAAACUGGGGGUUGCUAUUUGGUCCGAGCUUUUUGAUUUUACCCGAAACCGGACCGUAUAACCCAGACCAAGACCGGAUAGCAAACAAUCCAAUACCAUAUUCGGACUUAGAUUUGAGGUAAAAAACCGUUCGAGAACGGGCCGAAAACCGGAUAAAGACCGGAUAAGAGAGCCCAACACCCAAAACUUAACCAACUCCUCACCCCUUGAGGCCUCAGACCACUCAAAUCCCCACAAGUUCAAUAUAAAAUCAAGACCGAAUUGGGACCGGACCGGAUCAAGACCAGACUGUAUCUAAUCCAAUCUUUGUUCCUUAUAUUCCCGAAAAGACCGGACAGGGGCCUGAUCAAUUUGAGCCAAUUUAACUGGAUCGGAUCGUAUAGCCACCCCUACAUGAAACCAUAUAAUCAUCCCGUUUUGCCUGGAUACGGUGACAACCCACUCGGGGGUUGUCAGAUUCACAACCAAGGGUAUUUUGGGUAUGAAAAAAAGGAAUAUAUUAAUUACCUUUUUGUAUUAAUUAUAUUGGGAAUUAAAAACACAUAUUAAAUACAAUUUUUUUCUGAAAUUUAAAUCCUAUACAUUAAUAUCUCUAUUUAUCUCUCUCUCUCUCUCUUCCUUUCUCCAGCAGCCACUCCGCAUUGACCGACAAACUUUUUCUCCGGCGAAUUCUCUCCGGCAGACUCCCUCCGGCAACCUGAAAAAAUGUACCAAUGCGUUAAAAAGUGUACCAAUCUAUUAGUCUAAUGGUAAUUAAUAUACCAGUGCUAGUGGUACGCUACUAGUACGUUAAAAAAUGUACCAGUACUAGCGGUACCAGUAAAAAAUGUACCAGUACUAGUGGUACGCUACCAGUAUAACGCUACCAGUAGAGAAUAACACAACGCUACUAGCACUGGUAGCGGUACCAGUAGCGAAUAACAAAAAAAAAACAGAUGAUAGUGGUACCAGAUGAUAGGGGAGCCACUGGUAUUGGUACCAGUGAGUAGUGGUAGCGUACCAAUAGCGCUACCAGUGGUAUUGGUACCAAUAGUGCUACCAGUGUUAUUGGUACCGGUAGAGACUAUCAGUAGCGACAUAAAAAUGGUGGCGGCAGGGGAGGACAGCGGCGGGGCGCGGGGGGAGGGCAGCGGCGAGGCGGUGGGGAGUGAUGACGAGUUCGUCGGAAGGCCGAAGAACGACGGUGGCCCAGAAAUUGGAAAGGCUGAAAGAGAUGGUCCUCCCAAAAUAGACGUCACUCGGAUUACCCAAUAGGCAGACCCGCGCAUAGGAUCUGUGCUCAAUCACCCCUUCCGCCAUUUCUCUGUUCUCUGAGGAAUCAAAACGAAACCCCAAUUUCGCGAAACCGGGAGAGAAACAAACGAACAAAACUUUGGUGGUGGGUAAGGACGACAAAGGAGGAAGGACAAAGAGAGGGAGGUAAUAAAGGGUGCAAAGAAAAAGAGAGAUGCGUCUCUGGUUAUGAAACUUAGUUGGAUUUUCUUAUAGAGGCAGGGGAAAGCCAAGAGGGCAGAGUCCAUCCAUGGCGGCGGAGAGAGGGGGAGGAGAGAUGGUGAUGUCUACGGGAGAGAGGGAGGAUGGAGGAGUUAGGGUUUUUGUUCUUUUUAUAUGGUAGGGUGAAUGAUUGGGUGUGGUAAAUUUUUACCCUUCCAAAAAUAUCCUUCUUUUAAUCUUAACCGUUAAUUUAAAAAAAGAAGAAAGAGACAAGAGAGAGAGCGUAUCCAAGGGCUAUGAAGUGGGUUGUGAAUCUGACAACCCCCUUAGGGGUUGUCACCGUAUCCCGUCCCUCUACACUACUGUCUUGAUUUCACUUAGAGUCUACAAAUAAAUGAAUCCAACCUAAUCAGACUCGGCCAAAGCGAGUUGAACCCGAUGUUAACGAGUAUUGGGUCGACCGAGAGCAUGUUUUACUCGCUUUUGUAAUUAGUGAGUUGGGUCGGGUGUGAAUUUUGAUAAAAAAAAAUUCGCCCGCUUUCCAUCCAACCCGCAUAAAAUGAUCAAUUCAUUCCUGGUUGAACAUGGUGUUGACGAGUUUUUGGGUUGGAAGCAUGUUGGGCGAGCAGGGUCGAGUUUGGAAUUUUUUAAAAUCUCGCCCCACUUUCCAUCCAACCCGCAUAGAAAAAUAUAUUAAUUAAUUAAUUAAGAUAUUAAAAGAGGGGUUGUCUUUUACACUAUUCCUUAGAGUCACACAUUAGAGUAUUUUUAUUAUUAUUAAAUUAUAGUUUUUCUUUUCAUUUUUAAUUACACAUAAAUGAAUCCAACCUAAUCAGACUCAGCCAAAGCGAGUUAAAACCCGAUCUUAUUAAAUUAUAGUUUUUCUUUUCUUUCUUAAUUACUUUUAUCUCUUGAUUUCCCUUUGAAUUUAAACUAUUUCUUGAUUUCCUUAGAGUCUACACAUAAAUGAAUCCAUCCUAAUCAGACUAAGCUAAAGCGAGUUGAACCCGAUCUUGACGAGUAUUGGGUCGAUCGAGAGAAAGUUUUACCCGCUUUUGUAAUUACCAAGUUGGGUUGGGUGUGGAUUUUGUUAAAAACUCGCCCGCUUUCCAUCCAACCCGCAUAAAAAAUAUCAGUUCAUUCUUGGUUGAACAUGGCGUUGACGAAUUUUUGGGUUGGAAGCUUGUUUAGCGAGUAGGGUCGAAUGUGACUUUUGUUAAAAAUUCACCCCGCUUUCUAUCCAACCCGCAUAGGAAAAUAUAUAAGGUCAAUUGGGGUGGAACAUGGUGUUGACGAGAUUUUGGGUCAGAAGCAUUUUUUACCUACUUUUAUGAUUCGCGAUUUGGGUAGAGUAUGAUUUUUUGUUCAAACAUGGCCCGCUUUUGUAAUUAGCCAAAUGGGUUGGGUAUGGAAUUUUGUUAAAAUUCUGUCAUCUUUCCUUCAUUUGUAAUUAAUAAAACUCCUGCCCUUUACGAUUUUAAUGGUUUUAACAUUCUUUCUUAAUUAGUUUUAUGUCUUAAUUCCUUCUACUUUUCGUACAUCCCACAUCAAGAGAAGGACCUCUUUUUUUUUUUUUCCAACUUAAUUCGACUAGUGAAACCCUCUUUUAAGAAAAUUUGAGUCAGUGA